CUCGUCAAUGACGGAAAGAUUGACUCCUUCGCUGUAUCAAGCCGCAAGGUCGACAUUUAUGUCCGUUCUAUUCGAAGAAACACAAGAAGAUGUGUUGAUUUCUCCCUCGAACAAGAAUUUAAUGUUGGCCAACUUCAGUCAAGCUAUGUGAAAGUGUAUACUUACUAUGAACCCGAUUUUUCCUGCGAACACUUCUACACGGCAGACAAGGCAAGUCCACUCUUGAAGUUCCACUGUGACCAGAAGGACGUCUGUAUUUGCGCCGAAGGUGGAUGUCCUCCAGCAGAUCCGCUCAAUCAGUUUCUAAAAAACAAAAACAACGAGUUUCUUCAGGAUACGGAGCAGCAGGAUCUUCUCAGAGAAUUCGCCUGUGAUGACGUUGACUACGUGUGGAAAGGAAAGGCGAAGAAGAAUGUUUCCAGAGAUGGGUUUAUAGAAGUGACUUUUCUUAUCACGCAAGUUUUGAAACCAGGUUACGAGAACUGCUUGGAAAAUAAGACACGCCGUAUCAAGGCGCGCGAUCGUUGUGGUGCUACUUUCAAUAUGGCUGACGACAAAGAAUUCAUCAUCAUGGGAAAAGACUCCGGGUAUAUUGAAGAAGAUGAAUGCAAGGAGAAACAGUACUUUUAUUUGAUCGACAGCAGUUCCCUGGUUUUCCCUGCAACACAUCAAAGCAGCAAGAGACGGAGGCUCGUGACUUGGUUCAUCAACGAGUUCUCCGACAAACCGGCGUGCUCCUUUUCAUGAGCCUUCUCCUGUGCAAUAUGCACAGCACCUUGAUCAUGCAGCUUUAUAAAUUUGAGUGCUGUAGAGAAA